AACAGCGGCGGUGGCAGCGCAACAAUCUCCGGCGGACCAGAUACAGGCGCACUGACUGAGGCAGUGAGGAAAUACGGGAAUACACGCUGAUGAAGAAGCACAAACAAAGGGACAGGAUGGAAUAAAAACAAAAAGGCAUCUUAUUGCUUCUCCAAGCGCUUCACACCUUUGUUUGGAGCUUUCCACAACCAGAGCACCAGUGAAAACACAUACAUAUGAUAUAUAUAUAAAAUUCCUAUACAUAUAUAUCAAAUUAUGCCUGUUUUCAAAGAAGCUGCAGCCGGACAAGGACUGAAUUGAUGGCUAAUUGCAUGAAAAAUUGGAAGAUAAUAUGCAGCAUUUGCUUGAAAACUGUUGCAUUUUAAUGCUUUGAGAUUUUUUUUCCUCACUAAAUCUGCACAGUGGGGGUAUAAAGACAAAGAAAAAAGAAAAAAAAACUGAUGCAAAUGGAAAAUUUGUAAAAUUGGCAAGUGAGUAGUUGGUUUUAACAAUAUAAACAAAGAGCUUCAAGAAAGAGCUGCACGGUGUCCUUUACUUUCAAAGGGGCUUCUUUUGAAAACAGAAGACAUUUUUUGAUCUGCCUUCAGUGGCACGCUGCUGUUUGACUGUCGCAUCUCCACUUGUCUUUCUCGUCCGCGAGGGCUGGGCUAGUAAUAUUCCAGCGAGGCUUGUGCUAGUCUGCUGCUGAAAGUGCAGAGGGCAGUCCACGGGCUCCCUGACCCCACGCUGAUAUUUCCUCAGCCACGGCUAAAGUCCCACUGAGAGGAAAGGGGGGAGGUAAGUUGUGGUAGAGACAGAAAAAAGCAAAAAUAAAAACAUCAAAGAAAGGCUGGAAGGAGAUUUAGAAAAGAAAAAAAAACUGGACAAUAAAAGAAGGAGUGAUCAAUUCCUCCAAUUGCUUCAUCCUGGGAAAAUAAUUCUGCAUCAAAGCUUCUCCUGAGUGUUGAAUAGAGCACCUCUUAGAAUUAGGAUAAAAGGUUUUAGCAGAACGACCGUCGUUCCUUCCCCCCUUACCCCUAUCUCUUUACCCCUCCAUCUAACUCUUGCAGGGCAGGACGGAGCAGUCACAGUACCCAACUGGUGUCCUGGUUCUAUUAGCGAUCCUUGAACCAAGGGAGAGGAGGGGUUUCAGUGGAGCGCAAACAGCAACAGGAGCCCAGCGCCCUGCCAAGCACAAAAAGCCGCUGGACUCUCGCGUGUCCCUUAAAAGCUCCAGACUGGUACUGGCAGUGUACUGACAUCAGGGAACUCGAGCUGUUUGUAAAAUGUGUGUUCGUGAGAGUACGAGUGUGCAUGUGCAAGAGACGACGAGCCUCAGGUGCAAGAUGGACGCUGGUGGACUGUGAUCACCACAGGAUUUCAGCUUGAGGAGAACCUGGAGAGAUGUUCUAAAGACUUUCCAGAGCUCUGGUCACCUGUUAGAAAAACAAAUGUGCUUUUUUUUUUAGCACAUUUUAAAGUACACCGCUCAUAAAGACGCCAGUGAUUGAAAGACUGAAGCAACGGUUAUAGAGAAGGAGUGACAUUCGCCAAAGUGGACUACAGUAAGAAGAUGCCGACCUCAAGGAUAAAACAUCUGCUGUUGACAAGUGACUCUGAAAGUAGCUGGAUGAUAGAUGCGAGUUAGGAUCUGAGAAGUGGAAGACGCAACACUUUUCUGAUCUGUGAUAUUAUGUUUUCUCUGGACAUGAGAACUGAUUAAAUUCUUGUGUUGAGUUUGUCAGCCACUCAGGAAUAUGAAGUCCAUCUCUGCUGGGAGACACCUUCCACAUGGGUGCCUGUGUUAAUCAGCGACUUUAACAGGAAUCGACUCGGGGAGCCUCUUUUGAAGGAUUAUACAUCUACUCAGUUGGGGAGCUCAUUGUCGGAAAUGCCAGAGGGAAGUUCAUCCAUAAGUAACUUGCCCUCCUAAAUUGGAUCCUCCUGCGGGAUUUGGAUUUGUCUUGAAACGCCGACGCUGUCUGCUGAUGACAUUUGUGAAAGGAGCUUUUGGUCCCUUUACUAACUCUUACUCAUCAGUACUGAGAUCUUGCAAGAACUUGGAGUAAAUCUAAGAUGGCAGGCUCCAUACUUCCACUCUUGGUAAACUUCUCAUUGGUCAUUUUCUUGGGUUUGACCUCUCUGAGUGAACUGAAUCCAAGGUUAUCAGGCCAAGCACUGGCUCAAGAUUUGUCCAGCAACCAGACGACAGAACCCUCUACGUUACCGGAGGCAGCGCUGGCAACACCCACGCCAGGAGACACCGUUGUUGAGGAUGAAAAAGAACAGACUAGUAGUCUGAUGCGCUGCUGGGGUUACUACGACGUCAUGGGCCAGUGGGACCCACCUUUCAACUGUAAUGCAGGUAUCUACAGUUUCUGUUGUGGUUCCUGCUUCUAUCGCUUCUGCUGCCAGUUCCAAGUGCACAGUUUGGACCAGACCUCCUGUUCGAACUAUGACACACCUGUGUGGGCUAACACUGGGAAACCGGUGGCAGCUGUCACAGAGGUCCACCAGGAACCGGACCGGGAUCGGACCCACAUGAUCGUAUAUAUUAUCUGUGGAGUGGUGGCCAUCAUGGUACUGGUGGGGAUUUUCACAAAGCUUGGACUGGAGAAGAGCCAGGGAGGACAAACAGACAUGACCAACUCCAGGACUCUGACGGAGCUCCUGAAGCAGCCGGGGGAGGCAGGGAUGGUGGACGGCGCCGGCGUUCAUCAUCCGAUAGGGACGAAUGGCAUCGCGGCCAGGACACUGCGAUCAAACAAUGAUCACAACCAUUUGAACAAUGCAGCUUUAUCUCCCCUGGGACCAGCUAUGGCCUUGUCUCACCCUCACAACAACCUGGGGAUUGGUUUCAACAAGUACACCUCACUAAAGGCUUUAGACACUGGUGCAAGAGACUACUACAAGAGCUACCCGAUGGUAGAUUACACCCACCGCCAGUCCCCUCCUACUUUCCAGCCUGUCAACUUCCACCCCAAGGACAAACCGUUCCUCCCACCACCGGACAUCCAUGCCCCACUGGCCAUCACGAUCAACGCCUCCCAGAUUCCCAAGCCUAAGAUCUCCAAGACCAACACUCACCCUCUCACCUCUAGCUCGGCCUUUAAAGCGUGGGACCCGAGUAAGAGCCACAUCCAGCACCCGUCGGCCACACACAUGGGCAUCGUAGGGCAGCAGCACCACCCCAUCCAGCAGCAGCAGCAGCACCAGACGCUGCACCAGCAGAACAGCCGGCGCCAGGUCUACUCCAACAAGAGGCAGUUCAGCAUCGAGACGCUGCCCGAGCUCUUCUCACAGCCGCUGGGAUACGGGCACUCUCCACACAUGCAUCCCAAGCACAAGGGACUCGCCACCAACAGCAAGACGGAGGUGACGGUGUGAACGUGGUGAUAAAUAGACUGGGAAGACACCAACCAAACAAAAAAAAAACAGACGAAGUUGAAGGAAAAUGCUCUGAUAUCCUUUAUAUCCAAAGUUACGAAUGGUGUGUGGGAACAGGCAAAUAUCAUAACUGAAAUUUUUUAACUCUCCAUUUCCGCAUCAUUUUUAACUAAAACAGUAAUGAAAAUGUGAGCGAUAUACUGUAUGUGUAUUUUUAAGAGCACUGGAUCAAAGCAGAGGCAGAUAAAUUGGCUGUGACUCUUUGAACAUGGACGUUUUUAUAAGAAAAAAAAAAUGGAAUGACCUUUGAAGAGUGUUGGCACGCCUCUACUUCGUCUCCUCUCAACCCUCUUGCAGCUCAGUUACUGUCUGCCCUGCUCUGUAGCACCACUCCAGAGCAUUCAAACAUUCAAAUCCCACACAGAUACUCCCAUUUACCCCACAAACUAUAGCCCAGACUUGGAGGCUGUCAGAAAGGCUGGUGGGGAGUGUUUCCCCUAAGACUCUGGCUUCCCAUCAACAGAGAAAAUGCCAUUGUAUUGUCAGCUCUCAUUGCCCUCCAGCCCGCGGAAGAGUGAGAUAUCAGCCUGGCAACUCAUACCGGGGAAGAGGGUAGGGGAGUGAGGGAAGGAUUCAUCUCAUUCCAGAGGCAAAUGCGAUGAGAAGGAUCUGAACAAUGUACACACACAUGCACGUGUGAACACAUGAAAACACACAAUACACAUUUGUCAAAAAUUACAGAAGGUCCAAGGCACUGGCAGAAGCCACAGGCAAGCCCACCCCAUACCCAUCCUCUCUAAGACAAACACACACAGUUUCAACACACUAAUUCCCAGAGACUAGGGAAAUGAAUAAAAAAAGCUCUGUUGUUGUUAUUGUAGGGAUUUGUUGAAUGGUCUCUUCUCUGGCUGUAGAUGUUUUUAGAUCUAAAAGAAAUGAUUGACGUCAGGGAAAACGGUGAAGUCGUCCCUAUACCCAGAAAGAUCAUUGGAAAAAUCUGAAUAUUCUAUGCCAGUUCAACAAAUCUGUCAAAGAAUUUCCAUUUGCAUAUCCAGUAUGUGAAUAUGGAUCAUGUACAUCCUCCAAGAUCCGCUUUGCUAUUUUCAGCUCCAUACAUUUACCAAGGCCUGCUUUCAUAACCAAACACGAAUCAUCAGUGGAGUGUUUCCGGCUGUAGGAAGAGAACCAGAGAUGCAUACAACUAAACAUGUUCCCAAUAUGGUUGUUCCCAACCGGAGGUGUUUGAUCCGUGCACCUACAUCUGCUGUUUGAACUGCAACUUACUUUACUCCAGCUAAACUGAGCACCGUAGCACCACAAGUGAAUAACUGCUAACAAUGAAUCAAACCAUGAUUGUAAUUCAUUAUUUGGAUGCAUGCUGGGAACACCGAUUACUAUUCAGGUGACGGUGGUCGUACUUUAAAUGUACAGAGCAGAUAGUUUUUCAUCCUUUAGUAAACUGAUUGCUCUUUACUAUUUUUUUCCUGGGUUGAAUUACUGAUGAGUUUUGCUUUUUAUUUUUUUUUAGUUACUUGCAUUAAAUAGUGGUAAUACAGUUCUCAGACUGAACAAUCAGAAAGAAAUUCUGAUGAAGAGCUAGGCUAAGAGGCAAUCGCUAAUGCUAAUGGCUAAUAUGUUAUGCUAAAAGUUAGCUGCUUACAACUAAUUGCUAAUAACUAAUACUGACAGCAAACAGCUAAUAUGGCAAACAGCUACGUAGAAUGAGGGCCACAGAAGAGCUAUUUACCAAAAUUUAAACCACCUCAAACUUUAUAAAUUUCAUAAAGGGAAGGGUGGAUUAGAUAUAUUUUCACCGCUGGGGACAUACGGAGAGGGAUAUACUGCUUUUUAUAAUUAAGAACAUAGUUCUUCGAUUCAAGAUCAGAAUUCUUUACCUGCUACUAUCAUCGUACUCUUCUUCAAAACUUUGACUAUGUUUCUUUUGGCCAUCUAUACUUUUGAGUAAACUCAAAGGCAGAGCACUGUACACACUGUUCUUACAUGUGCAUUUGAAUGACUGCUGUCCCAAUGUAUAAGAGAGGCUUUGCUGUUCCUAGAAACAUGAUGGUGGACUCUGUCUUUGGGUGUUUCACCUGCGUUUUGGCCAUUUUCUGGCAAAAAUUUGACUUUUUAUCGAUUGUAACUUCCUAACAAAACGACCAAAAUUUGAGGGUGCUAUCGCACAGAUGCUCUGGCUUCAUUUUAUUCAACUCAUUCACAAUAAUUCAGAAUAUUGUUCAGUUGUAACUAAUAUGAAAAAAUGCACUCACAUUUUAAAUCAUUUGUCUUCCACAAAUCCAUAAAUAGGUGGCGGAGGUAAGCGUUGUACUACGUCCUUUUCUCUGACGGGUUCUUGUACUGGAAAAGCUAUGCUCUUGAUUAAAGCUGGUAGUAUACCUUCAUAUGCCAUGUCACUUUUGCCCUAGACAUUUACUUCAUCACUACAUGUCCUCCAUGUCCCUUAUUCUGACUAUUCUGUUAGCUGAACCUAAGACUGAGAGGACUGUGACCAGUGUCCUCUGUAUACAAUGUAAAGUCCAAAAUGAAAUGUCAUUUCUUGUUAGUGUUAAUGCUACAAUUACAUUUUUCCAAGUAAACUUACAUUUUAUAAAUGCAGCAUUGAUAAAAUGCAGCAUGAAGCAAGUUUCCCCUGACUGUACUAAAGAUCCAUACUCCUUCACCAUAAUUACCAUCCUGAGGCUACUUUCAUUUACAAGACAAUCAUUUGAAAUAAUUUGCUAAGAUUUCAUGUCCCAUAACCUUUAUGGAGGGGGCAAAUGCAACACUUCUGCACUGCUCAAGUGCGACGCCUGGUUAGAUCCCUCAUGAGAACUGUUGUUCUCUGUGCAGUGUUAUGAUUUAAAUCAGCAUUUUCCUUGAUGAAGACAAUGCACAAAGCUACUAGAAUAUCUAUAAAGACAGACAGCCUUCUACAGUUUGGAUCCGUGGAUCUGAAUAAACAGCAGUACCUGCUCUGCAAGAUCUGUCACAUGAAACUGUGACACCCCUCAUUAAAAUAUACCUUUUUAUGAAGUUCCCUGUGACACUUUGUUCCACAACACGCUUCUUUGAUUGCAUGAUGAGGCAUGGAGAUAUUUUAUUAAAAAUAUUUAAUAAAAAAAACAAAGAAUAUGUAUCUCACUAUCAUUUUCGACAGUGCUUUAAAAUAUGAAGCCAGGGCUUUUGAUAAAGAAUUACAGUGGGUUGGACCAUAAACUUAGUACCACCCAUACAGUUAUUGGUUACUUUUGUGGAAAAUAAAUUGAUAUAAACCUAAAAUCCCUAAAAAUAUUUCAGUGAUUUAUGUAAAAAAAAUUCUCUUUUGCUAUAAGGUAACUGUAUAUUAUGCCAAGAAGAAUAAUUUCUCAGCUUGAGAGCAUGGGCUAGACCAUCUGAAGUGACUGAUUGAAUUCACCUUCAUUUGUUAUCAUGAGGACACCAGAUAUGCCGCAGUGCAUAUGCCCGGCGCAUCGGGCAGGUGGUGGAACCUCAUCAAACCGCACCGCUUCCCAGAGUCACACACUAUUUAGCUCUUUUCCGCCUUCUCUUUUAUUCCAUCUGCCCCUCUUUUACUCUUUUUUUUCUUCUGGCAGACUUCUCACCUCGCUCUAAGCAUUCAUAUCCAUGAAAAGGAUGAGCGAUGGGUACCGAGUGCUCAUCUUGUGUUUGUUACCCAGAUCCAAGCUGUCAUAAGCCAUGAAAGCCUAAAUUGGUACUCCUAUGAUGUGAGAACGUCUGCAUUAGGAGUCGGCUGUAAUGAAUGACGGAGUGAGGGAAAGCAUGGCAGGCUCCAGAUUUACUCCCUGCUGCUCAAUCACAUUUUCACACAGGAAUAAUUACGUUCACACAGAUGCAGACCGUGACAUGAAUGACCAGAUGCUCGGCAAUAUCCUUUUCAUAUCGGAAGAAAAAAAACAAACUAUUGCCAAUCUUAACUAUGAACUUUUUAUUUUUGAAUUCCCUGAGAGUUGGUGAGGUUAGUGAGCCAAAUUCUCCAAUUUGCAUCUCAAUUUAUUGGUUCUGCCCAUGAACUCAAGCAAAUAAACUGAACAACGGAGUAAAAAUUUAACAAGAUAGAAUACAUUAGCAAUACAAUGCUUGCUUGUAAUGCUGCAAUGGCUUCUCCACUUUACCUCUUCAAGAUGUGAAAAACCUGUUAGACAAGCUGUCGGAGUGGCGCUAAGGGUGGCUGCCAUCAAGCGAGGAUGGGAAUCAUGAAUACAAAAGCACCGAUGGGAUAUGCGUGGAAUAUGCAUCAAAUACAUCUCUGCUUAUGCUCGCUUCAACUCUGCAUAGUACUAAUGCACUGUGCUGCAGCACUACUAUGUGGCAUCCUUGUUUCUUUGACUUUUAUUCCCAUAAGAUCCAAACACUUUUAGUGGGUCACUUCAUGUGAAAAGCUUACUGGCCUCUUAAAUAUCCAUGAAACUCUUGCGUGCGGUCUGUCCUUAAUCACUCUGAAUGCAUUAGAAGUAGUGAAGGCAUGCAAAGUGGCAGUAAAUAAACAAGCAAUAUGCGUCAGUAAAGCAAUAAGGACUCACUAGGUGAAUCCCUAUGUGUCUCUGCUCAGAGUUGAGAGGUGGAUACGGAUGAAUGUGAGGUUACUGAUGUUAUAAUUCACACUGUCAGGCAUAAAUAUGAUUUCUAGCAUAUCCAAUCAGAAUCCAAUCCGUCUGACUGACCGUUUUCAAGAUAUACUGUAAGUGAUCAGAUGCAAGAGUUGGAGUAAAGGUUAGGUUAUCAGAGCUAUGGAAACAUAGGCAAACUCACGGUUGCUAUGGUAGCCUGCACACAUAGAACUGAGGUAAAAAAAAAAAAGAACGGAGGAUGGAGAACUGGCUUUGCUGCUGUCAAAAAUGGUUGCGUUGAACUGUAGGAGUCCAAAUGUUCACAAAUUCUAAGAAAGCAGAUGACAUGUAAAAUGUUCUAUUUGUUUUAUUUUGAGCAGCUGUUCCCAGAUGUCAGUAUGGUUGGUUGCAUGGUCCAAACAGAUUAGCUGAUUAGCUGUCAGAUUAGCUCAACAACCGCUGAGACUAACUACUGUAAUGCAGGAAACCCCUGUCACUCCCAUCCCUCUGGUAGACAAAGUUGCUGUUUGUGUCUCAUUGACACUAAAGAGUAUUCAAAAUCCUAUUUGAGCAACCAGAACAUUUAGACAAAAUUUAAAAAAACUAUUGUGGAAAUCUGAUUGGAGACACAUUUGAAAACACAUCUGAAUGUGCAGAGUGUCAAAACAAAUCUGUCUACAUCCCAUCUUGAUUUGCUACAAAUUAGAUUCGGGCUGGCAGUGUAAACAUAGGAUUAACCCACUGGCAAGCUGAGCCAAAGAAUACACUCCACAGAGGAUCUUAUAGAGGAUGGAGAUGAGACGAAGACAAAAAAAAGAAAAAGCAUUGUGCUUGCAUGGACAAACCUGAUAUCAUGAUGGUUGCUUUCCAUUUUGAUUUGUCUGUGUACUCCAAACACUUUUUUGGGAAGAAGAAGAACCGGUUUUGAGGGAUGUUCUGUGACUUUAGUUGGAAAGACGAGUAGCUCUUUAUUCUCUUUAUUCUGAAUCUGAACAGUUGGACAGCUGGACCUGGACCUCUUUGGAAUUCCUUGGAACUGGAGCAUAGACACGGCAACAAUGGUGUCUAGAGGAUUUACAAUUAUGAGUGCAGUAUGUCUUUGAGGACAAAGAAAGCCUGAGGACAUGCUACCUCGAUGCAAAGGAGACGGGUGAAUACAUUGAAUUUCUGUUGCCUAAUGUGUCUCAUCCAGGUUGGCUGACAGUUUAGGAAAGCACUGUGAAUGAAUAGUGACGUUUGGAUAUUUGCAUUACAAAGAAACAGCCAUGGAAAUGUAAAAAAAAAAAAAAAAUAUGCAGUGGUCAAGAAGCACUGAAGGAUCAUUUCUUUCCCCAUCUUCUGUUCAGGAUGGACUUCCAUGAGUACUUUCCUUCAAAAACUGGAUUUAAACAAAAACAACAUCAGUUGGUGAAGUUGAGUUAAUUAGACUGGAAAACCCUGAUGAGUCACAAUUUAGCCUCUGGUGUGGACAAUCUAAAUACUUGAACACGUGCACAAGCAUACACGGAAACACACAGGAGCAAGUCAUCAAGUCACAGAGGUACAGUAUAUUCGAAGUUACUGUACAAUCUACACACAAAGACCACAAAUUUGUGGCAUGAAACAGGACCAAAAGCCUUGAAUCAGGAGAAACUGAGUACACCUAACUGAUGCUUGAACAUCCAAAACAGUGAGAAUGCUGGGACUGCUUUGGAUCGUCAGCUUAGAGUGCAUUUACUCAAUCUCUCCUGAUGAACAAACAGACAAUGGUGUCGCUCGCUCGCCUCAGAGCAAACUGACUGUUGUUUGUAAAAGUUUCUCUUUAGAAAACACACAAUGCAAGUAUUCUACUCAAGGUUAUCUGAAUGCAACCUAGUAGAGAUACUUGGGCUCCAUGAUCGUUAGCAAUAUAUAGAUUAUGGUGUAUGGUUCGAUUGUUUCUUCGUCUUCUGUCAGUUUUUGUACUGUGUUUUUCAAUGACUGAGCUUUCGUCAAAAACGUUGAAAAAGAAACAUGGAUUUGACAUAUGAAAAGUGAAAAGUGCUUCCAGAUUUUAGACUCAUGGCUGCACAUCCUUCAGUUCCCACGCUCCCUCCCAACAUAUGACACACAAUGUACCUCCAAAGAUCACAGAGGAUCUUUUGAAAUUCAUUAUAUGUCAUAUAUUUGAAGCUUGUGAUCUUCUGAUUUUCAUUGUUACUGUAGGUAAAAUGCACUCACGUAUUUAAUGUUAAAAAGAUGUUGCAUUGUAUCUAAGUGCUUUGCCAACACUAUAGCUGAAAAUGAAGGGGAAGAUUCAAUGAUUUCUUGUACAGCUUUUGCACUUGCAAAAAAGAAAAAAAAUGAACAAAAAAAUAGUCAUGCAUUGUUUCAUAAUAAUUUGUAAUGGCAGCAAUAGGCUGCUUUGGAUUGCUCUGUACUACUUGUGUAUAUAUGUAUGCUGUACCAUUUGUCUGCUGUGAACUAUGUUGACAACUCAGCUUAUAUAAGGGCUUUUUAUAGAUAUAAAAGCAGACUGGGAAAUCUGACAUCACUCUCUGGAACUGAAGACAAAUUUCUCUAGGAUUUUUUGUUUGUUUGUUUGUUUUUUAGGGAUGAAGGGUCAUGAACAGACUUUUCCAUGCAUACAAAAUGCUGUAUAAAUAAAGUUUUGACUGACUUACUGAAAUGUCUAUAGGCACUCAUACUG